UAAAUAAUGAAAAAGAAAAGAAAAGGAAGGCUUUCUCCUUACGCGCGCAACCCCACCGGAUUCUCGAAAUUUACUCUCUCCGUUGCUCUCUUCCGCCAACCAUUUCUCUCCUACUCUCUCGCACGCCGGCACACUUCCGACGACGACACGCCCGCCCGCACCUCUCUCACGCACGCCGAGAACGACGCGACUUUUCGUCGACCACACGCCCGAAGCCUCUCUCUUCCUCUCCUUCAGCCGACGCCACCGCUUGCGCCACUUAACUCGCCGGUGAUUCCCAGCCACACGCCGCCGUUCGAAGCCAUCAAAGCGAUAGUUUUUGCCGCAUUUCUUGCCGUCGUUCGUGAUGCUCUGACGCUGAGAUCUGCAAGCCACACGUGUGCGAAGUCCUUUUGUCGUUCAUCCCAGCCGCCAAAUUUUAUUUGAUCGCCCUGCUGUCCGGAGUAACAUAUUGUCGGGCGCUGAGUCCCAUUCCUUCAGGCCAAAUUGAAGUGGGGAAAGCGUAUGAUCUCGGGGAUUGAGUAAUUGAUAGCUGAAUCUUCUCGGUGAAAUUUUAGCAGAGGAAAGGGCUACCAGAACGAUUUAAUAUUAUAAAUAUAACAGAUUGUAACUGUGUCAAGAGAGGAUUUUGUUUUAUCCUCAUCUUUUUAGAUGGAGGGUGCUGCCAUAAAAGAUGCCAUUUCUAAGGACCAUUGGAGUAGAGAUCAUACUGAGGGUAUGAGAGCAAGGCCUCUGCAUUUUGGUGAGCCAAUUGCUGCAAGGCUUGGUGUGGACUAUCCAUUCCCUCCUCAUCUUGAGUAUGCGUAUCCUCCUCCAGAUGGUAAUAUCCUGACCAACAUUGUUAAUGCCCUCAUAGCUGUCCCUCGCUUUUAUACUCAGGUGCUGCAUUUAAUGAACAAGAUGAACAUCCCAGCUCCAUUCCGAUUGCCUCUACCCACCCCACCCCUCCCACCUUCCAUUCCUGCACCACCAUCACCAUCAUUAACGCUGCCACCUCUUCCUCCUCCUGUCACUACAAGGUCUCAAGUAACAAAUAUGCCCAGUGAUGAGUCAGAAAUGGAGUCCUCAGAAGAGGAUGUGGAAGGAAAAUAUAAUCCAAGUGGAGUUUCAAAAACUGCAAAAUCAGGAUACAAGCGUCCUAGGUGUGAAACCAUUGUAGGCCCUGGGAUAGAUAAAGAUGUGGCUCAUGAGGCUGUUGGGGUGAAACCUUCCACAUUGGUUCCAAAAGAGAUUCCUAUGAUAAAGAAGAAGAACCCAGUGAUUCAGAUUAGAAUUGCCCCUAAAGUGAUUCAUGAUGGAAAGGUUGGUAACAUUAAUAAUGAUGGUGAAGAGGCAGAAAAGGAAGCAGAUGAUCUUAAGCCAUAUGCAACACUCGAAGAUUUAGAGAGAGGCAAAUUGCCUCCAGAAGAAAUUCUUUCGCUUCCAAUGUUCAAGAACUAUACUGCUGGGACUCCUACUUCAGUGCUGUAUAUCAAGAAUUUAGCCAAAGAUGUAUUGAAUGACGACCUCUACUAUAUUUUUGGAUCAUUAUUUGAAGGUAUUGAUGAAGCCAAAUCUGCUCUAACUGUGAAGCUAAUGCAGGAGGGAAGAAUGAGGGGUCAAGCAUUUGUAACAUUUCCAUCGAUUGAGCUUGCACAACGUGCUUUGAAUCUAGUAAAUGGUUACGUGUUCAAAGGCAAGCCAAUGAUUAUCCAAUUUGGGCGCAAUCCAGGAGGCGUCAAGGGGAGUUAAAAUGUUGGCUACUAGUACCCAAUUGAACCCCAAAAUAUAAGCUUGAAAUAUCAGAGAUAUGGUCAAUCACUGAAGCAUGUUGGGAAGGUCAUUUAAAUGAAACGAGGCUCUACCAUUUGGUUUUAAAAAAAUCGAGGUAGUUGUGAAGGUCAAAAUCGCAACGAGAUGAUGGUGUCUAAUACUUCGUUUGGUGAUUUCUGUGCAAUUUCGAGCUUGGCUGAGUGUAGUGAUUACGUUAGGAUUUGUACAUAAAUCAAGCGGAGAGAUGUUACGAAGGUGAAUGAAUUUACUCAACUAUUUUGGAUCGAGAUACUUUAUAUUGUUUAGAUAAUUUAUUUUAGUUGUGUAAAAUGUAGUAUUGCUAAUUUGCUUCUACUGUUGAUUAAAAAUAUAGGUUGGGAUUGCUUUUACAAUCCUAUGAGCUUUUUUUUUAAAUAAGAAAACUUAUUUUUUGAUCUGCCCA